AAACCUAACCCUCUUAUUCUGUUCAACAGAGAGUGCGUGUGAGAAAGAGAGAAAAAAAAAUGAAUGCUUCAAUGAGGAAAAAGGUUCAAAGGAAGUGUAAGAUAAGAGGCUACAACCUCAAAGUCGACGCUCUGAACGAGAUCCUCUCCUUCGCAUCUCGCUUCGAAGGCCCCGACGAGGACGAAGCCAUCGAUCUCCUCCUCGUCGAGCUCGAUUCAUCUCUGAAAUCCACCAUAAUCGACAAGGAGACGGUGCAGCGCGUGGUCAGCCUGUUGCUGGAAGCCACCGAGGCCACCGAGGAAACCUCCGAUGCCGCCGCUGCCAUUCGCGUCGUCGAUGCGUUCCUCAUCCCCAAGUAUAAAUACGACUAUAGCAGAAAGCAGUUCUACGAGCACACAGGCAGCUUAUCUAUUCAUGGAGAAGCAUCAGCAAAGUCAGAUCUGUACAGGGAAAGGUUUCUGUUGUUGUUCCAGAGGCUCUCUCGUGACCAGCAUUUUUCAGCGCCUGCUUUUGAAUCUGAAUUUUCACAUUUUGGGAGCUGUGAGAUAUCUCCCAUUCAAUCUCUGGUUGGGCAAACAGGUAGAAGAUGGGUAAUGGGAGUAAUAUCUCAGCUGGAGGAUGGCCAUUACUAUUUGGAAGACCUUACAGCUGCAGUUAAAAUCAACUUGUCCAAUGCAAGGAUAACUACAGGACUCUUUUCAGAGAACACUAUAGUUGUGGCUGAAGGGGAGAUGCUUGUGGAGGGUAUUUUUCAGGUCUUAACAUGUGGAUUUCCUCCUUUGGAGGAUAGAGAUAAGUCAGUUACACUACUUGCAGGGCAUGACUUUUUUGGCGCGGGUACUUUCACUAAAGAGGAAACUAUUAGACUGGCAGAGAUGGAAGAAAAAGCAGUAAAUGACAUGUUUAUUAUACUUUCUGAUAUUUGGCUAGACAAUGAAGAGACUUUGAAAAAGCUAGAGGUUGUUCUGGAUGGCUUUGAGAAGGAGAUAGUGGUUCCUUCCUUAUUUGUUUUCAUGGGAAACUUCUCUUCUAAGCCAUGUAACCUUUCAUUUCAUUUUUAUUCGAGCCUCAGAAUGCAGUUUGGUAAGCUGGGGGAAAUGAUUGCUGCCCAUACACGACUAAAAGAGCACAGUAAAUUUCUGUUUAUUCCAGGUCCUGAUGAUGCAGGUCCUUCAAAUGUUCUUCCUAGAUGUGCUUUACCAAAAUAUUUAACUGAAGAGCUCCAAAAGCACAUUCCCAAUGCCAUAUUUUCAAGCAACCCCUGCAGGGUCAAAUUUUAUACCCAAGAAAUUGUAUUCUUCCGCCAGGAUAUGCUGUAUAGAAUGCGCCGUUCAUGUUUGAUGCCUCCUUCUACAGAAGAGACUUGUGAUCAUUUUGAACAUCUUGUUGCUACCAUAACCCAUCAGAGUCAUCUAUGUCCACUUCCUCUAACCGUACAACCCAUCAUCUGGAAUUAUGACCAUUGUCUUUAUCUUUAUCCAACUCCACACACGAUAGUUUUGGGAGACAGAAGUCAGCAGAAGGCAUUCAAGUACACAGGAAUCACUUGUUUUAAUACAGGUUCCUUCGCAAUUGACAACACAUUUGUGGCAUAUCGUCCCUGCUCUCAGGAAGUUGAAUUGUCAGCCUUGCCAUAAACUCAGCAUAAUUUAUGUUGGGCUGUCAUCCUCUAACCAUGAGCAUCUCGGACAUUUUGGCUUUGCUAUUCUUUCAUCAUACAUACGGCCAUUGAUGAAGCUGGUAAUCUGAAAUUGCUGCCUUUUCCUCCUGGGAAGAUUAAUGUGACAGCCGGAAUUGUAUUGUAUCAUAUAAAUUGCCUUGUUAACCAGGGAAAAUUGCUGUAUAAUAGGUAUCUACUAAAUUAGAUUAGUUAAAGCAGUUUAUUUGUUUAGAUAGAUAAUAUUUGUUAGUUUAUACUUCAUAGAGACUACGCUAUGAUAAGUAAUUGUUGAAAUAUCAACCAAUGAUUUCAUGAUUUAUAAAUAGGGAUAUAACAUACCUUGAUAACAAAUUCA